AUGGAGGAAGUAAUUGUAGCAAAAACCAGAAAUAAAAAUUUAUCCUCUAGAAAAGAGCUUGAGUUGCUGGACAAACAAGAACUUAUAGAUAGAAUUUUACAACUAGAAGCUCACACAGUGCAAUUAAAAAACAUAAUAAAAAAAUCAGACGGAGUUAAAUAUGACAAAAAACAAGGAAAAGUUUUUGAUUUUAAUCAGUGUCACAAAAGACAUAUUUUAUUAAAAUUUUACUAUCUCGGGUGGAACUACUCUGGCUUUGUUGAACAGGAAGAUACGGUCAACACUAUAGAGCAUCAAAUAUUUAACGCUCUGAAAAGAAGUUGUCUGAUAGAGCAACGAGAGACGUGCAACUAUCACCGAUGUGGUCGAACGGACAAGGGAGUCAGUGCUUACUCCCAAGUUAUUUCUUUGGACGUACGUAGCAGGCUGGAGCCCGAAAAUCAGGCUAAUUUGAAAGAAGAACUGUCGUACUGCAAAAUAUUGAAUAGGAUUCUUCCCAAAGAUAUCAGAUGUACUGCCUGGGCACCAGUCGCUGAUGAUUACUCCGCGAGGUUCGACUGUAAAACACGUACUUAUAGGUAUUAUUUCCCGAGAGGUAAUUUAGAUAUUGAAGCGAUGAAUAAAGCUGCUGAGUACCUGGUAGGUCUUCACGAUUUUAGAAAUGUCUGUAAAAUGGAUGUUGCCAAUGGUGUUGUUACUUUUGAACGCACUAUUAUUGAUGCUAAGAUCGUAGAAAGCAACGAAAGUCAUAAACAGAGUGGGUACGAUAUGUGUCAGUUGAUUAUAGAAAGCAAGGCCUUUCUUUGGCAUCAAAUAAGAUGUAUCAUGGGAAUUAUGUUGCUAGUAGGCCAAAAAAAAGAGGAGCCAGAUAUUUUUAAUUACUUAUUUGAUAUUGAAAAAUGUCCGCGUAAACCCCAAUAUAAUUUAGCACAUGAAUUGCCGCUUAAUUUAUUUUACUGUCAUUACGACGACGCCGAAUGGUUUUAUGACGAAACUGAAGUUGAGUUUGUUAUUAAAAGCUUACAGGAAGAUUGGACGCUUAAUACUAUAAAAGCAGAGAUUAUUAAAAGUAUCAUUGAAGAUUUAUCCUCUCAUGUGGAAAAUAAAGAAGGGUUUAAUUAUCAAAGUGACUGUCUGAUUCAAGGAGUUCAAACUAAAGUUCAUUUGCCGUUGAUGAAACGAACUACCUGCGAAAGCCUUGAAAACAGGAUAAAACAUUUCAAAAAAAAAAGGAGAAUAGAAGUGAAACAUUUGUUAAAGGAUACGUAG